AUGAAAAUUCAUCUAGUAUUCGUUUCCCUACUUUCCGCAGUCGUGUAUACUCAGCAGGUUGUUAUUGUGCCCGAAUCACAAUGUCGGACUAGUUGUCAUCAGAAUGCGCUCGCUUUUGCAUAUACUUAUGGCUUCCCGCUGUAUAGCUUUGCUAAAUAUGUUAAUCCGAGAUAUUUGAACAAUGAGACCAACAGUCUCUACCACUCGCGCAAGCUUGCAGGUGCCGAUGAUACGGGCUUCGUUCGACCUAAUGCAGACACUGUAUACAGUGUGGCAUUUUUGGACCUGAGCGAGAACGAUAUCGAAAUUCAAGUUCCGGACUUUGGCGAACGAUACUGGGUGUGGCCAUUCUAUGAUAUGUACGCCAAUGAUCUUGCAAAUAUUGGAAGCAUAACCAAUAGUUCAGCCGGAAAGUAUCUUCUACGAUUUGACAGCGAGAACCCCGGCGUAGUGACCGAAGGCCUGAAGGGGGGCUAUAAGGCAUACCUCAACCUACCCACACCAUAUGGAAUCACGCUGCCGAGAAUCUUGGUCGAAGCUGGUACAGAUGAUAUCGUUGCAGUUAACAAACUGCAGGAUGGCUUCGGUAUGGCUGUGCUCCCACGCUUUAGUCCUCCAGUCGCUCCUGCUCUCAACCUCAGCAUGUUCUCUCGUCCUGAGUUUGUAUACACGCCUGGAGAUAAUACCCUCGCAGAGGUUGUGCUCCGCUUGACAGCAGAAUUGGCCCCGUACAAUGAGCCAUACGUGAAGCAAGAUCGAAGCUGGGUCCGGCAAACUUUACUCGAGGCCGGGAUUCACUACGAGAACAAUUCCUUCGUUCAACCACCAGACACAAACCUGACCACAGCCGUAGCGACAGCAAACGCAUCAAACGAAGCUUUGCAGAUCACACCGGGCCUGACACUUCGUCUUGGUGGAAACUGGACCUGCCGUGCGUCUCGAGUGCUGGGGGCAUUCGGUUCUUUCUACACUGCUCGAUACAGCACUGCAAGCCGAGGGUACCUGGCCCUUACAUCAGAGCAGGUCACAUAUCCUGUCAACAAUGACUUUGUGAUUGGGAAAGACCAAGCGGUGCUGUUCACUUUCAGCCGCAAGCCCGAGAUCAAUAAAGGAGGAUUCUGGAGCUUGACAGUGUACAACGGCGAGCAGUAUCUGGUCAAGAACGACCUGAACCGGUAUGCAUUGGGGGAUAGAAGCAAUUUGACGUUUCCAGACGGUACUUCGUAUAAUGAAGAAGAUGUGGAUGGUCCGUUCAAUAUUAUUAUACAGGCAAAUGACGUUCCUCCGCCGUCGAAUUGGACGAGUAAUUGGUUGCCGGCUCCUGAUGGUGGUGGCGAGGUGAAAAUCACAUUGAGAUUCUAUGGAGCUACAGACGCUAUGACGAACGGCGACUGGGAGUAUCCUGAAGUCUCUGUGGUUAAUGCGAUACGUGGAUAG